AAGCUUUAGCCCCUGGGCCCAAUGGAGCUUAUAUCACACCAAAUCUUUUAAAAGUCGAAUUACUGCCCCACCCAAUAAUGCCACCUGACUCAAAAGAUAUUAUGCAAUGACUAAAAUACCCUCGAUUACCACCAUCACACCCCUUCCUUCUUGCCUUUAAAUACUACUCCCUUUACCUUAUUCCCUCCCUGUUCUCGUUCUACCUUCUCAACCCCCUCUAUAAGAAAUUUUCCGAUCAUGUUGUCCACUUUCCCUGCCAUUAUUUUGUCCUCCGAUGGAACUUUUUCUAACCAAUUUCCUUCUUUUUAUGAUGGUUUCAUUCCAUGGGAUUGUUUCGAUUCGACUUUUAUAUUCCCCGAACAAAGGGUAGAAUUGACUUUUCUGCCAAAUCAAACCCCAACCCUUGAACCGGUUAUUUCUCAUUCUGGUUCAGGUUCGGAUAAUUCUAAACCUGAUUCUCCUAAUUCUAGCUUCGGUUCUGAUGAACCGAACAUGAAUAAUCAUAGCCCAUGGAAAUGUCUCGAAUCGGCUUUUAUAUUACCAGAACAAGGGGUAGAAUCGGUUUUUUCACCGAAGCAAUCCCCAACCCCUGAACCGGUCCUGUCAAACUCCGGUUUAAGUUCUGAUAAAUAUAAAUCUAAUUCUCCUAAUUCUAGCUCCGGUUCAGAUGAACCAAACAUGAAUAAUGACAGCCCAAAUUCCGGUUCGGAUAUUUCGUUCAUAAACGAGAGAAAGCGGAAGCGUAUGAUUUCGAACCGUGAGUCAGCAAGAAGGUCCCGCAUGCGAAAACAAAAACAUGUUGAGAAUUUAAGGAACCAAGCGAACCGGCUAAAAGUCGAAAACCGAGAUUUAAAGAACCGGGUUCACUUGGUAACCAAUCAUUGCCAACUUGUCCAGAGAAACAACGAGAUGCUACGAACCGAAUCGGUUUUACUCCAGCAAAGACUCGAAAAUAUACGUGAAAUCUUACUCGCACGACAACUUCAACAGCAAUUGUACCAUUCCUCUGCAUGGCCAUGCAAUAAUUACGUGGAACAAAGACCACAAGUUAUUAUUAAUCAACCUAUAAUAAAUCAUCAUUAAAACCUGCAUGGUUAUUAUAAGCACUAUAUCUUAAACAUGGAUGAACCAAAAAAGAUUUUUCUCUCUCUCUCUCUUGUAUAUUUAAAAGAUGUUAAUAGAAUAAAGCAUCUAUAGGAGUUUUCAGGUUGUGAGCAACCAAAUGGCGGUUUUUUUAAAAGUAAAAACCAGAGUCAUUAUGGUGUACUAAACGACUCGUGCAGUGCUUGGCUUAUUAUAUAAAUUUCAAGAAGUCUUUUUCUCUGUCU